AUGUUGUCUCGUGUUGUGUUGGCGAGAAAUGCCUUGAGAGCUGUUUCGAGAGCUUCGAGAGCUUCGAGAGGAAGUGUCGUUAGAACUAGUGCUAGGUGUUAUGCCGCCAAGGCGCAGCCUACUGAGGUUUCUUCUAUUCUAGAGGAGAAGAUCAGAGGUGUUAGUGACGAGGCUCAAUUGAACGAGACUGGCCGUGUUUUGGCUGUCGGUGAUGGUAUUGCGCGUGUCUUUGGUUUGAACAACAUCCAGGCCGAGGAGCUGGUUGAGUUUGCCUCUGGUGUCAAGGGUAUGGCCUUGAACUUGGAGCCUGGCCAGGUCGGUAUUGUGCUGUUCGGUUCUGACAGACUGGUCAAGGAAGGUGAGAUCGUCAAGAGAACCGGUAAGAUCGUCGAUGUCCCAGUUGGUCCAGGCCUUUUGGGUAGAGUUGUCGAUGCUUUGGGUAACCCUAUCGAUGGUAAGGGCCCAAUCGAGUCCGUCGGCACCGCCAGAGCCCAAGUCAAGGCCCCAGGUAUCUUGCCAAGACGUUCCGUGCACGAGCCUGUGCAGACCGGUUUGAAAGCCGUCGACGCCCUAGUGCCUAUCGGUAGAGGCCAGAGAGAACUGAUCAUCGGUGACCGUCAAACUGGUAAGACCGCCGUGGCCCUAGACACCAUCUUGAACCAAAAGAGAUGGAACGACGGUAACGACGAGUCCAAGAAGUUGUACUGUGUCUACGUCGCCAUUGGUCAAAAGAGAUCCACCGUCGCACAACUGGUGCAGACUUUGGAGCAACACGACGCCUUGAAGUACUCUAUCAUCGUCGCCGCUACCGCUUCUGAAGCUGCUCCUUUGCAAUACUUGGCUCCUUUCACUGCCGCCUCCAUCGGUGAGUGGUUCAGAGACAACGGUAAGCACGCCUUGAUUGUCUACGAUGACUUGUCCAAGCAAGCCGUCGCAUACCGUCAACUUUCCCUGCUGCUAAGACGUCCUCCUGGUCGUGAAGCUUACCCAGGUGAUGUCUUCUACUUACACUCCAGACUUUUGGAAAGAGCUGCCAAGAUGUCCGACAAGGAAGGUGCCGGUUCCCUAACCGCUUUGCCAGUCAUCGAAACCCAAGGUGGUGAUGUCUCCGCUUAUAUCCCAACUAACGUCAUUUCCAUUACUGACGGUCAAAUCUUCUUGGAAGCCGAAUUGUUCUACAAGGGUAUCAGACCAGCUAUCAACGUCGGUCUUUCCGUCUCCCGUGUCGGUUCCGCCGCCCAAGUUAAGGCCUUGAAGCAAGUCGCCGGUUCCUUGAAGCUGUUCUUGGCUCAAUACAGAGAAGUCGCCGCUUUCGCCCAAUUCGGUUCCGAUUUGGACGCUUCUACCAAGCAAACCUUGGUUAGAGGUGAAAGAUUGACACAAUUGCUAAAGCAAAGUCAAUACUCCCCAUUGGCUGCCGAAGAACAAGUUCCAUUGAUCUAUGCCGGUGUCAACGGUUACCUAGACAACAUCGACUUGGGCAGAAUCGCUGAAUUCGAAUCCUCCUUCUUGGCCUACUUGAAGUCCAACCACGAGAACAUCUUGAACGAUAUCAGAGAUAAGGGUGAAUUGACCAAGGACCUACUAGCCACUUUGAAGAGUGCUACUGAGUCCUUCGUUGCCACUUUCUAA